AAUCCCCCCCCAAUAAAACCCAUCCCCCCCUUCCCAGCCUUCUUCAACUCCCUAUUUAAAAACAAAACUCAAUUAAGUCAGGGGGGGAGGAAAAUAAAAAUAAAAGAACAAUGGCUACCGCUACGAAAGAAGAUUACCGAGAAGAAGACGAUCAUCGAGGAUCAUCAAUUAGGAGAUGCGAUCAAGAUCAGGAAGACAAAGAGACGAAGGAGAAGAUAAUUGACAUUGACGACGAAGAGGACGAACCUAGGGCCGGAAGGAGGAGCAAUGGCAGCAGGCGGUUGAGGAAUCAGCGGCCCCUUGGCUCUUACACCGAUGAGGGCCUGGGAGAUGAGAAGAUGACGAAGAAGGAGAAGAGGACUUUUAUGGUCUCGCUUAUGUGUCAUCAAUGCCAAAGGAACGACAAGGGAAGAGUGGUUUCGUGCUCUAAAUGCAAGAGGAAACGCUUCUGCAUUCCUUGCAUCACUCGAUGGUAUCCUCAAUUGUCAGAGGCUGAAAUUGCCAUAAAGUGUCCAGUCUGCCGUAAUUAUUGCAACUGUAAGCGUUGCCUUCGGAUUCCUGGAAUUUUCAAGUAUGAGGAAAAGACGAUCAGCGAACGUGAGAAAUUUAAGCAUUAUUGUUAUAUUUUGGAAAAGCUGCUUCCUUGGUUGAAAGAUUUUCAUGAGGACCAAAUGGCUGAGAAGGAUUUGGAGGCAAAGAUCCAAGGAAUUGAUCCUACAAAGCUUGUGGUGAAGAAAGCUCAAUGUGGCCUUGAUGAACGCGCAUACUGUGACAACUGCAGAACAUCGAUUGUUGAUUUUCACAGAAGCUGUCCUUGUUGUUCAUAUGAUUUAUGUCUUUAUUGCUGCCGCCAAGUUCGUCAAGGUGUCGUUCCUGGUGGUUAUGGCAAGCCACUGCCACAAUUUAUAUUUCGGGGAACAAAAUAUUUCCAUGGGGGCCCUCCGCAGAUAUCAUCUCCAAUUAAGCCCGAUGAGCCUGAAGCUCCUCACGAAGCAACACGAGAAUGGAAAGCUGAUAGUGAUGGAAGCAUCCAUUGUCCAACGGGUGGUUGUGGUAGUGCCACUUUGGAGCUGAGGUGCAUGUUCGAGGAUGGACAGAUUUACAAGUUGUUGAAAACGACAAGUGCUAUUGUGGGAAGCCAUGAUUUUGCAAAACCGCCUGAUGCUUCUAGUAGUUGCUCUUGUUUCUCUUUGCCUCCCCAUGUCGAUUCUGGUUCAAGUAUGCUACGAAAGGCUGCCCACAGAGUGCAUUCUGAUGAUAAUUAUUUGUACUGUCCAAUUGCUAGAGAUGUUAAACAAGGAGAACUACAGCACUUUCAGGAACAUUGGACAAAGGGGGAGCCUGUCAUAGUUCGUAACGUGCUUGAAUUCACCACUGGCUUGAGCUGGGAACCGAUGGUCAUGUGGCGUGCAUUACGAGAGAAGAAGACUAGAGCCCAAGUUGAAAACUUUGAUGUAAAUGCAGUAAACUGCUUACACUGGUGUGAGGUUGAGAUUAACAUCCAUCAGUUUUUCACAAGAUAUGCUGAAGGUAGUCCUGGUGAUGAGUGGCCUGUAAUGCUUAAACUAAAAGACUGGCCCUCAUCUACUAACUUCGAGGAGCGAUUGGCACGGCAUGGUGCUGAGUUUAAUGCUGCAUUACCAUUUAAAGAAUAUACAGAUCCUAGGUCAGGCAUUCUUAAUCUCGCAGUCAAGUUACCUAAGCGUGUGAUAAAGCCUGACUUGGGUCCAAAAUCUUACAUUGCUUAUGGGUUUUCUGAAGAGCUAGGCAGAGGGGAUUCCGUCACCAAGCUCCAUUGCGACAUGGCCGAUGCGGUGAACAUCUUGAUGCAUACUGCAGAAGUAACACCUUCUGCGCAACAGCUUGCCUAUAUUGAAAAACUAAAAAAGAAACAUAGGGAUCAAGAUAUUAGAGAGCAGUGCAGUGUAUGGAAGGAAGUUUUACAUAGCAAGUCACAGGUUGUCACCGGAUUAAAUGGUGGAAUUGGAGCUGAAGAGGGGCCUACUGAGGCUGUUGUCAAGGUUGAAGCAGACAGUCUUGCAAUUUCUAAUUGUGAAAUUCAAGGAAAUUUUUGUUCUGUUGCUACUGCUACAGCUGACUCAAAUACUCAGUAUUCUUGUGAACAAAGCAGUGAAGACCCUACACUAAAUAAGAAAGCUGGAGAAAAGAGGAAGAAAUCUGGAGAAGGGGGAAAAACUGGAGAAAAGAGGUUGAAAGAUGAAGGAAGCAGCGAGAGUACACAUCAGUCCCCUGUCACUAAUGGUCAGACUAAGGAAAACCACUCUGAAGGAGGUGCUUUAUGGGACAUUUUCCGCAGGGAAGAUGUUCCAAAACUUGAAGAGUACCUUAAAAAGCAUUGUAGAGAAUUCAGAGAUGUGUAUUGCUCUCCAGUAGAGGAGGUGGCUCAUCCUAUUCAUGACCAAUCUUUCUAUUUAAGUUCAGAACACAAAAGAAAGCUCAAAGAAGAAUAUGGAGUUGAACCAUGGACAUUUGAGCAGAAGAUUGGUGAAGCAGUAUUUAUCCCAGCUGGAUGUCCGCAUCAAGUUAGAAAUCUGAAGUCUUGUAUAAAGGUUGCCCUUGACUUUGUCUCCCCGGAAAAUAUCACGGAGUGUGAGAGGCUGACAAAAGAAUUUCGAGAACUUCCUCAUGAGCACAAGGCUAAAGAAGACAAACUUGAGGUGAAGAAAAUCGCUCUACAUGCACUUAUGACAGUAGUUAAGUGUUUGGAAGAAUACAAGUCCGAAACAAAGGCUAAAACUGACGUUAAAGAUGAAUCCCCGGUGAAAAAAACCCGAAAUGGAAAGAGAGGAAGAUCUAAAAAAAGGGCUCGUUCGCAGUGGUCCAGCUGAUGAGGGCUCGUUCGCAGUGGUCCAGCUGAUGUAUCUCACACCUAAAUUAUCAUGCAACUGAUGCAAAUGCUUAGAUUAUGCUCUCGCUACUAAGAACGUUUUGUCCAAUUUCAUUCUUAGAAGAGGGCUUGCUGUACAAAGUUGUGGAAGUGAUAACCGGCUAGUAACAUUUAAGUUUUGUUUUAUUUUGCACUGACAUCUUUGGAUGAAAUUUCCUGUUGGCAUACUAAUCUUGAAAAGGUACCAAACAGAUUGAUGUGAUAUAAUGUCGCCUCUUUAUAGGUUGCAAUGUAUUCUGGGUGCCUGUUUUGUGAGUAUUACUUACGGGGAUAUGUUUUAACACUGCUGCAUAAUUAAGUUGCUCGUGUUGCAAGUGAA